AUGUCCAAGCUAAGCGCUUUAUUUGUGCUCAGCUGCCUUAUGGCCUUGGCCAUGGCUGUGCCGGAGCAGCGACAGUUGCGUCAACAGCAGCGACAGUUGCAACAGUUGCAACAUCCGUAUCUGUUUUUGAGCGUGCCACGAGGACGCGCCAAUGCUGGCGCCGUGGUGCAAGGUUAUGAGAUUGUCGAGCAGCCUGAAGAUGACAUGCAGAGUGAUGAUGAUGACGAUGACAACACUGGCGAUGAUGAUGAUGAUGAUGAUGCUGAUGAUAUGCCACUGCGUCAUCAUGUUGCUGAUGCUGAAGAUGAUUUGGCUGAUGAUGAUGACGAUGAUGAUGAUCCGCUGCUGAAGAAUGCAAAGCCCACACAGAUGAUGGUGGCCAGGGAUCAGGCUGGUGCCAUCAUGGUGCCCGAUGGCAUCGUUGAGAUCGAGGGCCAGAGCGUGGUGGACGAGAAGACCGGCAAGGCGGCGCUCCUUGUGCCACGUGCCGCACUCGAUGCCAUUCCCGAUGGCGCCGUUGUCGCGCUCAUGGAACGUGCCGCCAGCGAUGAGGCUGUCGGGGAGGAGCGCGCCAAUCGCGUCAUUGUGCGUCGCCGCAAAAACGCCGCACGUCGCAAUGUCCAGCGUCGUCGUCGUGGCGGCCGUCCCGCCCCCCAACGUCGCCUUCGCGGCGGUCCACGCCGCCGUCGCGUCAGCCCCAGCAGACGUCGCAAUGUGCGUGUCGUGCGUCCCAAUGGCAGCCGUCGGCGUGGCAACGUCCAGCGUCGCCGCGGAGGUCAGAUCAUGCUCCAGGGUUGAGUCGCGACUGCAGCAGGAGCGAGGGAACGAACAUUUUUGCUAGUAUUAUAGUUAAGCGCUAAAAACAGCCCCAAAAACA